AUGAGGUCCAUCCUAACCUUAUGGCUUUUCUUGGUACCUUUCUGCAUCAUAAACUUGGGCAUCAAUAUCUUUGUUGUGACUGGUAAUUAUAUUAGCCAUCAAAAAUCUGCAUUGCUUCAUCUGAGGAACAACCUUGUAUUCAACCCUUCCAUGUCCGAAAAAUUGGUUCAUUGGAACCAAAGUCAUGAUUUCUGUCAAUGGAGUGGAGUAACAUGUGACAAUAAGGCACAUGUUAUAGCUCUUGAUCUUAGUGAAGAAUCCAUCUCUGGAGGACUUGACAAUUCCAGCAGCCUCUUCAACUUGCAAUUUCUGCAAAAUUUGAACUUGGCUUAUAAUGAGUUUGAUUCUGAGGUUCCUUCAGAGUUGCACAGGCUGAAAAACUUGAGGUAUUUGAAUUUGUCAAAUGCAGGUUUUAAGGGUCAAAUUCCAAAUGAGAUAUCUUAUCUGAGAAAGCUAGUUUUUCUUGAUUUAUCAACCUCACUUCACACUACAAAACUUGAAGAGACCAAUAAGGCAAAGUUCUUGCAGAACCUCACAGAAAUUAAAGAGCUAUAUCUUGAUGGUGUGAAGAUGUCUGUCAAGGGGAAGGAGUGGGGCCAAGCGCUAUCUUCACUACAAAAUCUUCAAAUUGUUAGUAUGUCUUCUUGUUUUCUCCUUGGACCUAUUGAUUCAUCACUUGUAAAGCUUCAAUCUCUCUCAGUUCUUCGGUUGAACAAUAACAAUUUCUCAAGCUCUGUGCCUGAGACCUUUGGUGGCUUAACCAACUUAACCACCUUGCAUCUUAGAAACUGCAAUUUGAUUGGGAUGUUCCCAAAACAAAUCUUCCAGAUAUCCAACUUGCAGGCCCUUGAUUUGUCAGAUAAUCAAAAUCUUCAAGGCUCUCUACCAUAUUUCCAGCAUAAUGUAUUUCUCCGCUCAUUAAACCUUAGCCGUACAUGUUUCUCAGGGCAACUACCAACUUCUAUUCACAAUUUGAGGAUGGUGUCUUCAUUGGAUCUGUCAAACUCCAAAUUCCAUGGUAGGCUUCCCAAUUCUAUUUCAGAAUUGACUUCACUUGUUCAUCUAGACUUGUCAUUCAACAACUUCACUGGUUCUCUUCCAUUUUUCAAUAUGUCAAAGAACCUUUCAUAUCUAUCUAUCAAUAACAAUAGCUUAGAGGGUGAAGUUCCAUCUUUUUAUUUCAAGGGCCUUGAAAAUCUUAUCUUUAUUGAUUUAGGUCGCAAUUUUCUCAAUGGGAGUGUUCCAUCAUCUCUUUUUACACUUCCAUCUUUGCGUGGACUGAGUCUUUCUCAUAAUAAAUUUGAGGGUCUGUUGGAUGAAUUUCCAAAUGCUUCUUCUUCCCCAUUAGAGUUCCUCGAUAUCAGUGGAAUAAUUUACAAGGGCAUAUUCCUCGGUCUAUCUUUCAUCUCAAAAAACUAA